ACUCAGCUUCAGAACUUAUCUCAGAAUGGAGGUGGGUAGGCCGAGGAGUUAGAUUGACGCCCUGAACCGAUUGUAUUCUCCACUCAUCACUAUCGCAAAAGAGGCCGGAACUUACGUAAAACAUUAAGAUAAAGAGUUCUUUGGAGACGAUUGAAAAUACCCCUGUUUGUCGCCAGCUCGUCCUCAUUAACACUGCAAGCGAACAAGCAAACGAAACCACCGACAGUACGAGGAAACAAAAAGCGUUCGCAACGAAGCCUAGAGUGACAAUAUUUUUUCGCUAAGUCUUCAGCAAAAUGAACGCAAGUCGGAGAUCGUGACAAAAUCAAAGGGUUCGUCUUGUCCACUGCCGUCCCACCUGCACAUCUUUUCGCCUCCCUGCGAUUUUGUCAGAGACUUCUGAAGCUCCCCGAGCCAGUCAAAGAGCGAAAUGGGUGCAGUGGUUCACGUGGCUGAGUAUGUGGUUUUCGCAGUCCUGAUGAUUUCGAACCUCGCCGUCGGUUUGAUAUUCGCGUUCCGAGGUCGCGCAAUUCACUCGAACACGGAGGAGACGUUUCUGGGAAGUCGGACUCUGGGCAUCCUUCCCCUGUCCAUGUCCAUCCUCGCAUCGUUGGUCACGGCGAUCGGCCUGGUGGGCUUUACGGCACACUUCUACACUCACGGACUGCACUUGCUUUGGGGAACCAUCCCCGCCUUAUUUAUGAUGCCGUUCAUCUCCAGAGUGAUUGUUCCGGUCAUCUACAAACUUGGAGUAACUUCCGUAUUCGAGUAUCUGCGAAUGCGAUUCGGGAACCAAGUUGGCAUCACAGCUUGCUCCUUGUACUUCAUCCUCAAUCAAGUACAAGGAGCAGUGAGCAUCUUUGCUGCGGGAGUGGCGAUUGCGACAUCCUUCCACGUGCCCUUGGUAUGGAGCAUCGUGGCAAUUGGAAUCACUGGUACCUUCUACACCGCGCUGGGCGGCCUCCGAGGCGUUGUCUGGACGGACACUCUGCAAGGCAUCCUCAUCCUCGUCUGUCCACUGACGAUCCUCAUCAAGAUCGCCUACGAUUCGACCUUCCAAGAAGGCCUCAAUCUUCGUCCUAUCACCGACAUCAAUUUAAGGCCGUACCUCUUUCAAGCCAGCUUCGACCUGACCAAUGACGAGAACGUCUGGGCCAACGUGAUUGGCCUGAUCGCUGGCCACACCUAUCGCAUGGGCAUGGAUCAGAUGGUCAUUCAACGCUACGCCGCAGCUAGGUCCGUCGCUGACGCCCAGAGGACCGUGCUCAUAAGCACCCUCCUGCUGGUGACCUCCUUCUUCUUCCUGGGCUCAGUGGCAAUGGCUCUGGUCUUCUGGUACCGAGACUGCGACCCCUUGCUUUCCGGGGCCAUACGGAAGAUCGAACAGUUGGUCCCAUACUACGUGGACACAAGCUUGGCUGGUUUCCCUGGAUUUUCCGGGUUCUUUCUGACUGGCGUCGUCAGCGCCACUCUAAGCACCGUGUCCUCUGUUAUUAACUCGCUGGCUGCCACUUGCUAUGUCGACAUCUUGACGCCGUACGUUCACAUCAAUGAAAAAUACGCUAACAUAACCACAAAAGCCUUAGCAUUCGCAUUUGGCACUUUGAUGACAAUUUUGGCGGUUCUUGUUCCGUACCUGGGUUCUGCAGUGAGAAUUAUUAUGGUUAUGCACAGCAGCACUGCGGGGCCAUUUAUUGGCCUUUACCUCCUUGCAUUGGCGUUCCCCUGGGUUAAUGCUAAGGGCGCUGCAGUGUCAGUCAUCAUAACGAUGGCCCUGCAACUUUGGGCUGUGCUGGGAAAGCUCCUGGUCGGCGUCCACCCGCCCCGGAUGCCUGUAACACUAGACAACUGUCCCGGAAACUUCACCUUUAUCGCCGCAAACGUCACUCAUGCCUGGUUGGCCCAGGAAGAGAGAAAGAAAGAUAUUUUCCCGCUGUACCGGCUGUCCGCCUACUGGAGUGGAGUUCUGACGGCUGUUUUGACUGUCAUUAUUGGCAUCGUCGUUAGCGCAGCAACUGGUGGCGGACGGCACGCAAGCAGCCAACUGCGGUUUACAAGUGACGUCUUCAUCCGGCUCUGGAAGAAACUUAAUCUUAUAUCGGACUCCGAUUUGGAACCAGAAGCUUCAAAGGAGAAGGAUGACUCUCUGGAGCUCUACGACUUGACGAAAGCGCGCAACAGCGUCAGCUUGUAGUCCUCUAGAUCAUCAGUGCUGCCUAAGUUGGCUCAAUGUCCUUCUGUUUAGGGUGAUGCCACCAUUUGUAGUACC